AUUAAACUCCAAUCAAUGCACUAUCAAACUUCUUUCCUUUUAUUUGCGCGGGAAUUUGAUUAAAUUUAGCCUCGGCCAAGAAGAAGAAUGUAGACAAUACGAUUCAGCAUGUGCUUGAUCGUCAAUCUUCCACUACUGUUUUCAUUUUGAAAGAAUGACAAUGACAGUGUACAGAGCUUUAUCUCUAGUCAAGCCUUCUUAUCUUCUUCGAAUAGAGUCCAAGCCUCAGGCUUAGCAAGAUGGUGAUUGCCGUCUCUUCUUGAUUUGUCCCUCCCGCGCUCCGUUUGCUUCACGCUUGUACAAGAAGAUUAUUCCACAAGGUCGCACGGGCCAAUCUGGCUUUUGAAUCAAUGUCAAAUUGGUCAUCCUUAACCUUUGUUCCUACCACGAUCAUUUAUACUGGACAAAAGCAUAACAAUGAGUGCACAAGCAUCUAGUAGCAAGAUGGUCAAUGAUGCCACGAUCGCACGAAAGACGUUUGAAUUGAAUAAUGAAAUGAUCGAAUUGGAUCCACGUACAGAUUCUGUUUUCAAUUAUGAUGAACAACAACAAGCAAAAAUACGAAAUGAUGCUCCUUGGAAAGCUGACCCCAAUUUCUUCCAACGUGUUCGAAUCUCAUCUGCAGCAUUGAUCAAGAUGAUGAUUCAUACGCGUGCAGGAGGUAUAUACGAAGUGAUGGGAACGAUGACCGGAAAGGUUGACGUUGAGUCUCGUACGAUCUACAUCAUGGACGCAUUCGCACUUCCAGUACAAGGCACAGAAACACGAGUAAAUGCAGGUGAUGAAGCGUACGAAUUUAUGGUAGAAUGGCAAGAAAGUAGUAAGAAAGUUGGUCGAUUGGAAAAUGCGAUCGGUUGGUAUCAUUCACAUCCGGGUUAUGGAUGUUGGUUAAGUGGAAUUGAUGUGAAUACACAAAUGACAAAUCAACAAUUCCAAGAUCCAUUUGUGGCCGUUGUGAUCGAUCCUAAUCGUACAAUCUCCGCUGGAAGGGUGGACAUUGGCGCUUUUAGAACGUACCCUGAAGGCUAUACGCCACCGAACGCUGCCGCUUCCGAAUAUCAGUCCAUCCCACUGAAUAAGAUUGAAGAUUUUGGAGUGCAUGCAGAUCGAUAUUAUCCACUCAAAGUGGAGCAUUUCAAAUCUUCGUUGGAUAAUCAAUUGUUGGAUCUUUUGUGGAACAAAUACUGGGUAUCUACGUUGGCACAAUCUCCCGUGAUUGUGAAUCGUGAUUACGCUGUUGGACAAUUAGAAGAUUUAGCGGAAAAGUUGUUGCGAACAAAAGCACAAGUGGCAAGAAAAGGCGGCAUGAAUAUCAACUCUUUAGGGUACAAUGCAGGCGGAAGUGGUGGCAAUGCUGAAAAGAAUAAUGCCAACGGAACAGGCACAGGAACAGGAUCGACAGGAGAAGAAGAAAGUGCAAACAAUGAAUCCAGCAAACGUGAUCGAAUUGCAAAGAUUGUUUCAGAAAUGAAGAAAGCUGAAGAGAAUACAGCUUUGGCCAAAGCUGCCAACGACGGUAAAAAGAUUUCUUUGGAGGCGCAUAAUGGAUUGAUCAUUCAAGUUUUGAAAGAUUCUCUAUUUAAUCGAUCUUCAACCGGUGCAAUCAUUCCUCCCCCUUCUCAGUCUUAAUCAUAAGUUGCUCUUCGCAUUCAUCUUUCAAUUUUGUAUACUAUCAAUCUUAAUACAUUCAUUCACUUCCAU